AUGCAUUUGUGUCGAGACAACAAAGAGUGGAUUCGAGUCUUCUCGUCGUUGGAGAUGACUGUCGAGUCGGGCAGAGGACAGACGGGUGUCCUCUUAGGGGCGCUCUUGGGUCGAGGCCUCCAGUUCUUGGCUCUCAUGGAUUCAAUCAAAUCGAUAUCCAUUUCCUCCGUGUCGUCCGUUUCCUCCACACAAGCGUCGGUCGCUUUCAACGAAAACGGGGAAUGGUGUCAACAGUUCCUUGUCUUCGUUGUCAUCGUGUCUUUGAUUGGCCACAAGAUCCACGAUAUGCUGAGUGUUUGGAUCGGAUCGACAAUAGACCAGAUAAUCGCUGUAAUCUCGGUGUUUGUCCGACACUUCGAUGCCAAACGUGUCGUCCAUCUCUUGGAUCAGUUCAAACUCAUUGUCGACACCGAAUCGACCCAAUGGUAUAUCAUGUCCUUCACUCUAUUUACGUCUAAAACCAGUUUUCCGGUCGUAAGAAGUCGACGGAGUAUUGAUUGUACGGCUAAUUCAUCAUCGUGCUGUAGGGAAAGUUGGGACAAUUGGAUUUUGCAACCCAUUGGUUAUAACGCCAAUUAUUGUAGAGGU